CGCAUGUCGAGCCGGGGAACUAGUUUGCUUUCGACUGCCUUUUAUUUUUUAUGUUCCCCGUCAUCUCAAUUCCCCCUUAACUUGCCGCCUUACUCUUCACGGACAUCUCGCGGAUGACAUCAGCGCGUAGAACGGUUCGAACCAGCCUCGGGCUACAAGGCGACAGGUAAACCAUCCCUACGCCCUCCGGUUUGACCUUGACGAAACUGACUACCAAACACUCUGGGGAUUUCUAUCAGCAACAGCAUUGCCGACACCUAGGGCCACGCCGCCGCGCUUUCCGAGGGUAGAUCAGACGGACCACAGAAGGGCGUUGCGAGGUGGCAACGACAUCACUGAAGCGGGAGAGCGGAUACAAGGCCUUCGUUCAACUGUGUGGUGUGCGUUGUUUACUAGUCCUAGUUUCAUCGAAGUGUUGUUUUCUUACUCGCUGUUGCUUACUACUGGACUGCCCGUUCCUUUUGCCCCCUCUUGCAUGCGCCCCUGUAGACUUUGAUCUCUACCCUUUUAUCCUGCUUCUCCCCUCUAAGUCUGUUCUCUUUACUUUUGCAACCUUUGUAGCGCUAGUUGCGGAUCCGGGAUCCCGCGCACUCGCAGGGGCUUUGUUUUUUCCGCCUUGCCAGCGGGUUUGUCCGGGGGGGCGCGACAGUCUUUGGGGAUUCUGGCACUUGACGUUCACCAACGUGUUGCCGGCGGGACGUUGCACAACUUUUCGUACUACACCCCUGCGGUCCGACGACCAACUUCGUGUUGAUUUUCCCGGAACCAGAUGGGCGCUUUUUUCUGCUGCUGUCUUUCCGGCGAACACCCUUUGGUGCUCGUCAGUCUGCCAGAGCUUGUUUACAUGCGCGCGCUAUCUGGUGGUGGUGAAAAUGUGCCACGAACGCGGUGCCCGCGACCUCAUCUUUUCGUUCUUUCUCACUCGGGUUCCGCAGUUGAUAUGAAUGACAUUUAUAUGAUGAUCGGAGGCUAGUUCGUUGUCUGCGGAGUUCCAUCAUGGCGUCUGAUCGUAGAUAGCUUUGGGUCAGGUCUGCGAAUCCUGGCAAGUAGUUUCAUAUGGCGCCGGAGCUCUAAACAACUUACUUGCUCCUCAGCGCUAUUGCGCUUGCUACUGCUCUGCUUGUGAAAAAGAAAGUUUUACUGUUUGAUCUCCGCUUGUGGAUGAUCGGCGAUUCGCGCCUGCUCUGGUCUGCUAGCCGCGCGCUACUCUUUCAGUUCGUGUGGGCUCCUGGUGCUGCGAUCACCGUCGGGAGUUGAACAACAUGAGAACAUAAGGACGUCGGUGUUUGAGAGCUAUUCAGUAUUCGACUUCCUACUACGUUUUGAUCCUUUUGCAUCCCUCACGCACAUCCAGGAUCUUUGUGUAGUUCGAAGCCCGCCGAAUUUUUGCGAGCGGAUUUAGCUUUCUUACCCCCUCGAAAAAAGGGGAGUCUCCUGACCCUUAUGUUCGUCCCUGCCGCCGGUGGUCACGUCCGCGUGGCGCUAUCAGCGAUCAGCGAAAAUAGGUUAUCUCUCUCUCUCUCUCUCUCUUGGAAAUAGUACCUGUACAAAGAAGUACUGAUGUCGACCCAUACCGUUUUGAAUUUUGCCUCCACAUUUACCAUCGACGAGGUGCCGUCUUUGGUCGCCGACCGCUGGGCGGAAGUGGACGUGGAGUGCACGUGUGCGGGCUUUAACCAAGUGUUUCAAUCCAUCUUGAAUGCCAGCAGUCUCUUCUACGUCGAUCCUAACACAACGUUGCCAAGUCCGACCUCCGACCCAAAUCGCAAAGCUUUAGCGAUCAACAUCGCCCUGAUCCGGCUUUCCGACCUCCGUGACACCGCUGUUACCAAGGACAACUUUGGGAACGAUGUCGCAAGCACCAACGCCGGCGAGGAAUUGGCCAGGGCCUGUCGGGCCUACCAGAAAGCGGAAAAAGCAAAGGGGGUAUUGUUGCUGGUGUUGUGUCCAGAAGACAGAAGAAAGAACUCCAAAAGUGCUGCCUCAUCUUCGGUGCCGUCGCGGGGGGUGAUAGGGCAGUGGGUGACAGCGUUGAAAACCGGGCUAAAGGAUUGCAGUAAGGUGGUCUUAGUGGAUGACUUGGUGAGGGACGAGACCAGUGUCUUUACUAGCGACCCGGAAGAAUAUUUUGACAGUGUGUCGGAUAAACUAGGGGCGAUUCCCUACACGAAGAAAGGGUAUAGUGCGAUGCUUUUGAUAAGCGAGAACUUGAACUUCAUCGGCUCUAUUCCGAUGCCACUGCGGCCUGUCUUUCUUGUUCUGUUGUGUAUGGGGGUGGUCGACGGCGACCACAGACACAUUCUUGCUCUCUUUGCAAAAUAACACAGCCAAAUGCAAAGCACAUUCAGACAAGCAAAAACAACAUCCCCACAGCUACGAUCUACUCGCCUACUACACCGCUCGCGCUCUUACGGACAUCUGCCGGCCACCAACCAAAGUGAUUGUUUGUGACUGCGACAACACGCUGUGGGCCGGGCAGGUCGGCGACUCGGAGAAUGCGCCGUUUGAAGUGAAGGCGAACCUCGCCCUGAUGAAGCUUCUGAAGAAGCGCAAAGACGACGGGGACAUUCUGUUGAUAACCGCCUCGAAGAACAGUGAAAUCGACGUAAAGAAAGCCUUCGAUUUUCAUAGUAAAGGCUCCGGGAAGAUGACGGACACCAGCACUAAAAACCCACCAGCAGCAGAGCCCUGGCCUCUCUCCUUCGACGAUUUUGUGCUUCACAAGAUCAACUGGGAGCCGAAGUCGCAGAACAUUCUAGCCGCAGCGGAGCAACUGAAUCUGACCGUCGACUUGAGUUGGGUGUUUUUAGACGAUAACCCGAUGGAACUCGCGGAAGUCGGCGCCAACCCAGCGACUGCGAACGUUACCGCGAUUCAGGUGCCAGCCUUUCGAAACGUCGAGGCGGAUGUUGAGCAACAGAACAACAUUAGUCUUCAGGCCGGAGAGGUUCUUUUGCCUGGAGCUGCGAGGACGACGAACAACAGCAGUAAGAUCAUGGUCCCAGAAUUACUAAAGCAGAGGGACAAACAAGCGCAGCAGUUCGCAGACCACUUGUGGCCACUGGACGACUUUCGAGGAAACACGAGAGGAGACGGAGCAGGAGGUACUACUACCGCUGGUACUGCGAGCAAGUCGGACCAAUACAGGGUGGAGUUUGCGCGGCAGGAGCAACAGAAAUCUGCGACCAGUUUCACGGAUUUUAUCAACAGUCUGGACUUGAAAAUCAGAGUCGAGGCGGUAAAGCCAGAAAACGAACCCAGGGUGCUGCAGUUGACGCAGAAAUCCAACCAAUUCAACUUCACAACGAAACGGCACCUGACUAUGCCGAGCGACUUGAACUGCAGCGUGGUCUUUGUCUCGGACCGGUUCGGGGACUACGGGUUGGUCGGCGUCCUCUUCUGGUCCGUGGAGAAAAACCGCCUCGUUUUGGACAAUUUCGUGAUGAGCUGCCGAGUUCUGGGUCGCGGUGUGGAACACAAAAUGUUGAAGCAUUUGGUAGAUGGCGCAGCUGCAAAUAAAAAUAUCACGGAAGUGAAAAUCCAGUUCCAAAAUUCCGGAAAAAAUCUCCCGGCGCAGAAAUUUCUCCGCUCGCUCGGCUUAAUCACACCAACGGAUGUUGACUCGCUCGAAGCCGUGGAGAGCACCUGGUCCGGAGUUUUCGACCGAGACAGGAUUUUGCAAGUCGCGGUGUUCGAUCCAGAGAACGUAAAUACCUACGGCGCUUCUGUCAACGAGCCCACGAGCCCGGGGAAGAAGACGUCAGCUGCAAGUGCAAGGACAUCAAGCGGUUCCAGCAGACCGAGUACUUUCGCAGCGGUGGAUGUGCCGGCCAUGAUCCGGAAGAGUGUGGAGUUGGCGACGAGUUCAGCAGCUGGUGGCAGCGGGGCACAAGAAGAAGCAGAAUUACAGCCGAUAGAUCGAGAUGCCUUGGCCGCCGGGGUCACCGACGCGUUGAUUAGUAUUCUCGGGGAACUUUCCGUCGACAACAUUUCAGUCACUGAAAUCCUCACCGGUCCGAAUGCGCACACGAGGUCCUUAACGACUCUCGGGAUGGACAGUUUUCUCGCGGUCCGGUGUUUGGGAGAAGUCGCGAGAACCGUGAAAAAGCGGUUUGACGUGAAAAUCGACCUGGUUUCGAAAGUGGACAAGUACCAGCGGAAUCCGCGGAUAGAAAUCUGGCUCGAUCUGCUCCUGCAAGCGAUCGCUGACUCGAGAGCAAGCCAGAGCGGAGAGGAGGAAGUGGUAUAGGCCGUCUUGCGUUUAUUUAGAUCGUGCACUAUUUGUGACCACUUCUCGUUUUUUCAUUCUUUGUCGGAUCGAUACUUGUAGACAGUGAAUCAAUUUCAAUGCAUGCUUCUGGGAGCAGCACCACCUCAGCUCUCAUCGGAAGGGAUGCGUUUGGGCGUAGGAGUCAUGCUGGGAAGUCUUAAUCAUGUAACAUCAUUGUAGCGGUGCCAGUUUCUUUCUACCAUUCGGUUUCGGGUAGGGUAAGUCGUCGCCAUGCUUGCUGCACUAGCGAGUUUUAGUUUUACUCCCGCAACAUCCAAUUAUGCGAAUACUUUUUCUGCCGGAACAGCUGAUGACGUCCGCAAAAAUCUCGAUGAAUUCAUUUCACAGAACAGGCAAAGAACUACUGUGGUAGGCAGUUGCGAACCACAAUCAGUAGAAGUUUUUCACCGUUGUAUAAACAACUGCUACGAAUAAGUAGAACUACAUUCUUUAUGCAAACAAGUUAAACCCUCGAAAAUGGCAUCCUCUCCCCAAAAAAAGGUCGGCGGAGUUGUCUCCAAAUUUCCCUACGCCAUGCCGCCGACGGACGCGACCGGAAAGCCCAUCCCGAUCAAAAGAUCCUCCCUCGACUCGGAGGGGGUGAUGUUCCAGGUGCAGAAGGGAACGAAAUCCGACACCAUGGCGCCCAUGGUCUUCGUCCACCCGGCCGGGGGAGCCACCCGACCCUUCCACAAGAUCUGGAAGGCGCUGGGGAUCGAGCGGGAUUUGUGGGCCAUAGAGCACCCGUUCAUGACGAACAUCGACUACGAUCCCAGGACGAUGUCAUUGGCGGAGAUCGGCGCGCUGUACUCGGAUGCGAUCAUUGAGAAGUUAGAGUUGGCCGGUGCGAAGAAGGGUCGGAAAUGGGUCUUGAGCACGUAUUCGGCGGGAGGUAUAAGGGAGUAAGAUCUUGUAAUUUGGUUUCUUUGUGGUUCUCGUUGGCUCUCUUUAUCUCCGCCGUGGCAGCUUUUCACUAUCGACGUCGACCUCGAUUAACAAGAUAAGCAUGUAAUGUACAAAUGCUUUACAGGCAUGAAAAGCUACAAGUUGAACUUUCUUUAAGUUUCGAACAUCUUCCACCCUUUGCAGGCGUCUACAUGAACGAGACCUACCACCAAUUGCGUAUGAAAAACCAGUGCCCCUCCCUGGUCCUCGGCCUCGACUGGAUUCAGAAGCCCAUGCCCCACUGCCCGCUCUACUGCCCGGCGCAGCCCUGCUACUUCCCGCAGAUUCCGUGCGGCUGCUGCUACCAGUGCUUCGGGCUGCAGGAGCUGUGCAAAACCGCGAACUGCCUGUGCGUGAUGCCCUGCAUGACCUGCAUCAACAACGGGAGGAACCACGACAAGGUCCCGAUCGAGAAACUGCCGCAGAGCUACAACACAAAAUACACCGGGUACAUGAUGCCGAAGUUCCUGGCGCACGGGCCCUUGUUAGAGUCGGCCUACGACUUCUUCCGGAUGGGGUUUGAGAACACCAAAGUGAUUGAGGACCGCGCACCGGUCCAGCAGACCAUGAAGAUGAAUAAGCAGGCGAAAACCUGGGACCAGAAAGUGGAAGCGGUAAAGAUUCGGCUGGACGAGAAAUUGCAGGAGGAUGGCAUGGACGAGGACCAGCGGAAAAUGAUCACGACCAAGUGGGAGCGGAGUGCGAACGUACAGAUACAACAAGAUUUUUCAAUACUUACCUCCAUUGCUGUGCGACGUCUUUCUUGCUUGACUGAACGUGUCUGUCAUGCGAAAAACGCAUUCCAGCAUGAUCAUACGAAAAAAAAUUAUCAGGUCUUCAUCCAGCAGACCGCCCCCAAUCUGAUGUGCUGCAUGUUUACCCCCGUUUCCUACGGCAACACCCCGUUCGCCGACUUCGAGGUCGGGCGCCAGGGCCCGGGCGGGUGCUGCGCGAACCGGCCGAUGCGGGGCUGGGACACACUGAACCAGGGUGGCAUGGCCUACAACGUCGUCGGGUACGGUAACCACACGGUAAACGCGGUGACAUCGAAGGUGUUCAAGGAGGUAUUCCCCGCCGACCCGCCGCACAUGAAGGCGCACCAGCUGGUCUUGCUCGAUCCGGAGUGGGUAGAGUGGGUGAUGCCGAAAAUCGCGAAGGUGUUUGAGGAUUUGAAACUGGACGAGCCAAUAUGAGAAAGGGAGAGACGUUCUGACUAUAAUCGCCUUCACUGUGAUGGUGCGUGCGCAAACUUGUGUCAUGUAUGUAUCGAAAUCAAACAGAGCACUCCGUAUUUUGCCGCAGCUCAUGUUGUCUUGCGCCAGCUGCAUGAGACAAUCGCCAGAUGCAUUUCUGAUCAUGUUGUCAAGCAUGACUACAAGUAUCAGCAGGGUUGUGCCGGCGCAGUGAGGCUGAUUUUUACUUGGAAUACCGUAAUGCUGUGUCGCCGUCACAGGUUUCUGUGUAUUCGAAUGGGGUCGACGCGAAGUAGCAUUGAUGGUGUUGGUUUCAAAGUGUCAUUUUUAAGUGAGACACACUUGUGAACGGAUGAUUAAACCUAAAGUUCUUUCUUUUGCUAUACUAUACAGUUUUUGUCUGUCAACUGCGACAGGCUCAAUAUUAUUUCGCAACGACUUAGUACACACAAAAGACGUGUCCAGAUCUAGUCGUCGUAGUAACCGAGAGAUACAGUGCUGCUUGUUCUAUACUUGUAAAUAACCUUUCUGAACUAGAAGUACUGCACUGCUUUUAUCGUGUAGCCCCGAGUUUCCUUGUCCGGUUGCCCACUGUAGAAUGUUUCCUCAUGAACAUAUACCAGUACAAGAAAGACUAUCGACUUUUUUUCUGUGCUGCGCCCCCGGAAUGUCGACCUCAGAUCUUCUACGAGCGUUGUAAAAAAUUUUUUCAUUGUCGAUGUUGUAUUGCAAUAUAGUGAAGUUUCUCGUCGUCCUUGUAAAGAGGUACCUAAGACGAAAUAACGUGAGUGAUCUUGUUCUUGAUGCGCACGCACUGAUGUUCUGAUUUUCCAGCGCAAAAAUUCACCUCCUUCGGAGGCGCUUUUGUUCCCUUUCGAU